AUUAUUACAGCUAUACUGUGAACACUUGAGGACUGUCUCUACUGACAGAUUAUCAGAACAUCACAUUUUCAGUGUGUUCUGGAGUUUUCUUCAAAUCAGAUGUUUGCUUUAUUGCACAACCAGUGGGGUAGUUUAGUCACAUGUUGUGUGGGAGUGUGUGGCAUGUUAGAUCUUCCCAAGCUGUGGGUCCCUCUUUAUCAUUAAUUUCCACUUCUUCAAUGUGAGUGACAUCAUGGGAGUUUCCCCUGAAGGAGGAACCUGGUUUUUAAAAAGCCACAAUCCAAGUCGGUCACUAGACCAGAGCAGAAGAGGAGGCUGGUGUUUGCACUGCAGAAACCUCAAACCAUGGAGUCUGAAUGUAAGAUAGAGCUAAAUGCUGCAGAAGCUGUUAAACUGACACCAACUAUCUCCAGAGCAUCUCACGGGUCAAAGCUGACCGUGGUCCUGAUUGCUGUCUGCCUUGCUGCUGCUGCAGCUUUCCUCAUCCUCAACACACACACAAAGGUGAGUCCACACGUCUCCUGCCACAAACUGAGCUGGAUCACCAGAACCCAACCUCUGCAAAACCUUUUCUGUCUAUCUCUUUUUACACAGAGUCCAGUACCAGAUGAAGACCAAAAUGCUCUUCACCACAAACUGAGAGAGAUUUCAAACGUCCGAGCAGCCAUCCACCUCGAAGGAGAAUACAACCCCAACAUGAAGGCAAUAGAAUGGACAACUGAGGUGGACCAGUCCCAUGCCCAAGGAGGUCUGCAACUCAUAAACAACGAAAUAGUGAUUCCACAGACGGGUCUCUACUUUGUAUACAGUCAAGCAUCCUUCCGGGUCAGUUGCAGCACCAGGAGUGCUGAGGAUGUCACUUCAAAGUCCAUGGUCCACCUGAGCCACGCCGUGAAGCGCUGGUCCAGUUCGUUUGGGAGUGAUGAUGAGAAGUCCUAUCAAACCAUCCUGCAUUCGGUUCGAACUGCGUGCCAGAAGUCAGUCGAUGAAAACUCCGACUCAGACGAAAGCUGGUUUUCUGCCAUAUACAUGGGAGCUGUGUUCAGCCUACGGAGAGGAGACAGGCUGAAAACAGUGAUGGAGGAGAGAAUGAUGGAGAAAUUGGAGGACGAGCCAGGAAAGACCUUCUUUGGAGUGUUUGCUCUGUGAUGACAUGUACAUUCAGGGAAAGGCUUCAUGGAGUUUAACAGGAAGUUAAAGAAAGGCUUGUGUUUAGUCUUGAAGGGAUGAUGACACAGGAGCUUAAGAACCUCAGAAAUAAGGGGUCCACCAUGUUUUGUACCAUGUACAAGGUUCUGUUAGAAGUCUUUUUUCCUGCUGCUAACAGUGUUUUACUACAGGCUCACAAGAGGUUAUUCAUUUAACUUAUAUUGACAUAGAUUUUAUUUAUGGAAGUAUUUAUUUAUUUAUGUAUUUAUUUAUUAUAUGUAUGUUUUUUCCUUGCAAUGUUUUGUAUAAUUUAUUUAGAAAACUAAAUAAGACAGAUAAGACA